AUGGUCUCACUCGCUGCUCCCGUCGCCGCGCUGCCGUCAUCCAACGCCAAGGCGGCGAUUCCAGGUCCCAGUCUCAAGCGCAAGCACAUGGAUUCCGACUCUGACACUGAAGCCCCUGCCGUUGCAAGGAGCAAGAAGCCGCGGGUCUCGUUCGACCCUACUGUCGACAUUCGCCUGCUGGAGGACUUUGACGAGAAAGGCAUCGAGCUCGUUCGCGAGGAGGUGCGACGCGCCAUAGAUAAGCACGUCGCGGGCGACAGUGCGUCCUACGACGAAAUCAAGACUCUCUUCACGACCCGCCCUACCGCAAGCGCUGCUCCAAGCACCAAGCUGCUGGGCAAAUAUGUCGUUGCUCUCAUCGGAAACGUGAGCCUGCUGAACAAGAACUGCUCCGGACUUGUCCACGCCAUCCUCGACUGCCAAUGGCUUGCUCGAGACGAGGCUUUCAAGCGACUCUAUGUCACGCUUCUCGCGAGCUUGAUGUCUGCACACGGAGGAUACACCGGCCAGGUUCUCCAAUCGCUUGUGAAGUACUUUCAUGGUGUCCCCUCCCCGAACCUCCGUCACGAACGAGACCCGCCCAUCACCCGGUCAGAGCUUCGGCAACGCGUGCACGAGACUCUCAAGCGCCUCCUCAAGCUCAUCCCCUCAGCAAGUGGUGUCUUGACCUCCUUGCUGCAGUCUUCGUUCCCGUCUACGCAGGAAACUGCCAAGGUGUACCUCACGUACCUCAACAACCUCAUGGAGCUCAUGGAGUAUGCGCCGGAACUCAAGGGCUUGGCUCUGGCUCUCAUCACCGAGAACCUCGUCAAGCUUGACGUCCAGAUCCAAGUGGACAUGGAAGAUCUAGAAGAGGAAUUUGAGGAGGCCAUUGUACAAGAAGCUCUCUACAAGCGCGAAGAAAUCGACGAGGAGGAAGACGAUACCGAUGCCGGGGAUGAGGACGAAGAAGACAGCGAUGAUGACUCGUCCAGCGAUGACGGCUUGGACAGCGACCAAAGACGCAUCCAGGAACUCAAGGACUCGGUUGGCAAGAUGGACAGCAUUCUCGACAUCCUCUUUGAGUACUACCACCGUAUCUUCGUCACGGGCACGCAUGUAGAUGCCUUGGAAACGUUCGAGUUUCUGCUCGCCCAGUUCAAGAAUAUUAUCCUGCCAACCUACCGGUCCCGGCAUACGCAAUUCCUCCUCUUCCACUUUGCGCAAUCAUCGCCACUCUUCGCCGACAAGUUCACAUACGUUUGCGCCGAGCUUGCAUUCGACAAGACCCGCCCGCAAAUCAUGCGACUCGCUGCUGCGGCUUACCUUGCUAGCUUCAUCGCUCGCGGCGCACAUGUGCCCCGGCAUGCUGUGCAAGCUGUCUUCCAGGUUCUUGGGCAGCAGCUUGAUGACUUUCGGCUACGGAACGAGGGAAACUGCAAGGGGCCGGAUCUGCGUCGCUACACUGGCUACUAUUCCCUGGCGCAGGCACUCCUCUACAUCUUCUGCUUCCGCUGGCGCGACCUUAUUGUUAGCGAGACGGACAGUUACGCGGAUGACGAAGAAAUUCUUUUCCAAGGUGGCGACCUGGCCUGGCUGCCCGGUAUGAAAGAGAUGAUGAUGCGCAACAUUUACUCCAAGUUCAACCCACUUAAGGUCUGCUCUCCUGGUGUUGUCACCCAGUUUGCUCGCAUCGCACAUCACCUUCGCUUCCUCUAUGUAUUCCCACUGCUCGAGACGAACAAGCGGUUGAAGCUCUCGCGCUUCGUGUCCGCCGGUGCUAUGUACGGCAUGCAGGAGAGAGAGACGGCCCUAUCUGCAAAAAAUAACGAGAGUGCAUUCCAGUUGGACUCGUACUUCCCUUUCGACCCGUACAGUCUCCCGAGAAGCAAGCGUUGGAUGGAAGGCGACUACAACGAAUGGAAGAGUAUCCCAGGCCUUGAUCAGGAGGAGGCGGACGAUUACAGCGACUCGGACUCGCAAGCAGAUGAGUCAGACGAUGAGGAAACCUUCGAGGACGGCACCGCCACGGAGGCUAGCACAUGA